AUGGGGGACUGGAACUUGUUGGGCAGCAUCCUUGAAGAAGUGCACAUCCACUCCACCAUAGUUGGCAAAAUCUGGCUCACAAUCCUGUUCAUAUUCCGAAUGCUGGUGCUGGGAGUGGCUGCUGAAGAUGUCUGGGACGACGAGCAGUCCGAGUUCAUCUGCAACACAGAGCAACCUGGCUGCAACAACAUCUGUUAUGACAAAGCCUUUCCCAUCUCUUUGAUCAGAUACUGGGUUUUACAGAUCAUAUUUGUCUCCUCCCCAUCAUUAGUGUACAUGGGCCAUGCACUGUAUAGGUUAAGGGCACUUGAGAAAGAGCGACAGAACAGGAAAGCCCACCUGCGGGCUCAGCUGGAAGACCUGGAGCCCAUGCUCGAGGAACACAGGAGAGUGGAGAGAGAACUGCGUAAGCUGGAGGAGCAGAAGAAAGUGAAUAAGGCACCCCUGAGAGGGUCUCUGCUGCGCACCUAUGUCCUACAUAUCCUGACCCGGUCGGUGGUUGAAGUGGGCUUUAUGAUAGGUCAGUAUCUUUUAUAUGGGUUUCACAUGUCCCCCCUUUACAAAUGCACUCGGCCCCCAUGCCCUAACACAGUGGAUUGUUUUGUGUCCCGACCCACAGAGAAGACCAUCUUUAUGGUUUUCAUGAACAGCAUCGCCGCCGUCUCCCUCUUCCUCAACAUCCUAGAAAUCGCCCACCUGGGCUUCAAGAAGAUCCAGAAGAGCCUCUGGGGGCAGCCGCAGUGGCCGGCAGGCCUCGCCGAGGAGGAUCCCAGCCUGUACAACUCCAAGAAGAGCUCCGUGGUGCCGCCGCCGCCCUGCCUGGCCAGCAACGCGGCCCCGCCGCGCCCCGCGCCCGCCCCGCUCCCUCCACCGCCACCCGCGCCCGGCGCGCCCGGCCCGCCGCCGGCCCGGCAGCACCGCGGGCAGCUCCGGGGCACGCCGCCGCCCCGCCGCCGGCACCACGGACAGCACCAGCCCUCCUCCAGCAGCGACGAGGCGUCGCGGGCCGCCGCGCCGGGCGGCGGGGCAGGGGCGGCGGGGGCGGCCGCCGCCUCCAGCGCCCGUCGGACGCCCCGCAGGCACAGCCGGGUGAGCGCCUGCCGGGAUCUGGAUCUGGAGGAGCGCGGCGAUUCCCCGGACAGCGGGCACUGCCCAGGCACGCGCAAGUCCAGCUUCCUGUCCCGCGUGCUCACCGGGAGCCGGGCGGGCAGCGACAGCGAGGGCACCGCGUCCCGCGGCGGCUCCGGGCCCGGCUCCGGCUCCCGCUCCGGCUCGGAGGGGAAGCGCCGCGAGGAGGGCGGGCCCAGCCCGCCGCCCGCCGCCAACACGGGACGCCGCGUGUCCAUGGCAAGUAGCGCCCGGGAAAGCCCGCGGGAGGGGGGCGAAGGGGGAGCCCCGCACCCUGUCCCGGCCCGGGGGAGGAGGAGGGGCCGAGCCAGGGGGCAGGAAGGCUCGGGCAGGACUUCCAAGGCAGCCCCAGCGCCUCGCGGCCUCCCGGGCCGUGCCAAGCUCCCAAACGUUCAGGCUCCUUUCGCAGUGAAAGCAGAAACACCAGGGAAUUCCUGA